UUGGACGAAGGUGGGAAAGGAAGACACCCGUUUUGCUUUCGUGUUGUCGCUUUUCCCGUAACGAGGCCUUGUUGAGAGAUCGCACGAAUACAGUAACUGGAGAAACCCAAGGAAGAAUAUGGAAGCAUUCUUGAACCCUAAAGAAUCUGCCAAGUUUAUAGCAGAAAACAGCAAAGAUGUGUACAUUGAAGAUGAUGGUGUACGAAAAGUUGCAGAGAUGUUGUUUAACAAAGUCUUAGAGAAGGAGUUCAGUGUUGCUGGCUGGAAGUCGUCUCAUGAGCUGAACCCCCAAGCAGUGUCUGAAGAUGCAGUGAACUGGGUGUUCCUUGUCGAUGCCCUCAAUUUUUCAUUUUGGUCUGAACGUGAAGAUCAUAAAUGUCUGGUGAAGUAUAAAGGCAAAACCUACAGUGGCUACUGGUCUCUUUGUGCUGCAGUCAACAGAGCACUUGAUGAGGGAAUACCCAUUACCAGUGCUUCACAUUAUGCCACUAUGACACUGGAGCAAGUGAAGCAUGCAUUUCGCUCAGACACAGAUGUUCCCAUGCCUUUAAUCGAAGAGAGACAUCGUGUGCUGAAUGAGACUGGGACAGUUCUCCUGGAGAAAUUUGGAGGCUCUUUCCUCACAUGUGUUAAGAAAAGUGGGGAAAGUGCCCAGAAAUUACUACAGAUAAUAGUGGAAAAUUUCCCAUCCUUUAGAGAUGAGGCUACAUUUCAGGGUAGAAAAGUGGUUUUUUACAAACGGGCUCAAAUCCUUGUAGCUGACACCUGGAGUGUAUUGGAAGGAAAGGGAGAUGGCUGCUUCAGUGACAUUUCCAGUGUGACUAUAUUUGCUGACUAUCGGAUACCACAGGUGCUUGUUCACUUAGGAGCAAUGAAAUAUUCUGACGAACUCAUGAAAAAGCUCAAGGAAGGGUACAUGUUCCAGUCUGGUGACCAACAGGAAGUAGAGAUCCGAGGCUGCUCUAUUUGGUGUUGUGACCUUAUUUGCAAUUACUUGUUGGAUCUUUAUAAAAAGAAAGGUGAGAACAUGAGUGAAAAAAUCAAUGCAGUUCUCCUUGAUUAUUAUCUUUGGGAUUAUGCUCGGGAUCAUCGGGAAGACAUGAAAGGAAUUCCUUUUCAUCGUGUACGUUGCAUAUACUAUUAAUACCAUCUUUAUAGAAUGAUACUCAAGUAUACUAUAAAAAAGAGACACUAAAUUUACAGACAAGUUGAAAGCACUGCGUGUUCUCCUUGCUCUCCACCUUCUGAUUCUGGUAGCUAUUAUAGUAUAUGUCUACCUUACUUUAAAAAACAAACAAACAAAAUGUUCUGCAAUGUUUAUAAUUCUACAUUUGCAGCUUUGCAGCUCUGAUUACUUUGUUUCAACCCCACACCACCCCAGUUCUGUAACUAGUAUAAAAUUGCUAUUUGUGUUCCAGCAAGAUUUUUUUGUACUC